CGUUUCGUCCCAGUAUCGGUUGAGCCGUUGCUUUAGCGCAGUAAAGAAAGUAUAAGAAAAAGUACAUAUUCAGUGUCUGGUAUUUUGAGAUUGUGCACGCUCGUAGCAGGACGCUUUUCCAUCCAGUCAUUUUUCAUUAGUGCAGCAGAAAAUGCAAUCCAUUCGUAAAUCGUCCUGGAUUAUUCCUAGUGGCAUGAGAAUUGCUCGUAUGAGCGCCGGUGAAAUGGGUAGUGGCGCGGGGAAGGGUGGUGGCGGUGGCGGUUCCAUUCGUGAUGCCGGUGGUUCCUUCGGCAAGAUGGAGGUUGCACAUGAAGAAGAGUACUUCUACAAACAGCGACAGGAGCAGCUCGCGAAACUGAAGAAAAAAGCCAUCAACCAGGAAGAUUUCCAUUCGGAAUCCAUCAAGCACCACGAAGAAGCGAUCGCUCGUCACAAGAAAGCCAUCGAACAGUUGCAGAAGUAAAAAUGCCUGAUCUGUCGCGAAAAGGUGGAACCGUCUCUGAUCGGUACCUAUUCGAAAGAGCCUUAGUGUCUUUAGAUCAAAUGGAUUUUCUAGGAUCGGUGAAGGGAAUCAGUAUUUUCAGAAAUUUUAGAAUAAAAUAAAAUCAUCUCAAAACAAGAUAUUAUUUAAUGCUCUCAUAGCUUUUCGCUGCAUUCUUGCGUAUUGAAGUGGAACGUAAUGAUAAUUGGUUUUGAUAGGUAUAGGGCAAGC